AUGGGUGAACAGGGAGGCCGGUCCAGCGGUGGUGGUAACAACGAUGAGGAGGAGGAGGAGGAUGAAUGUGUGGAUGUCGGCACUGUGUUAAAAGUGCUCGAAGAACAUCCCGCGUAUGAUUUAGCAUGCUCAGCCUUCAAAUCGCUGAUCGCGGAUGACAAGCUCAAGAACAACCGCCGGUGGAAACCCUUCACCAUGAGCAAGUCCAAGGCAGCCGUGAAGGCGCAUUCCAAACCCGGCGGCAAAGCGGCGAAGACGGAGAAGAAAGUCGCGAAGAAGGAGGAGGACGUGAACGAGGACUUCUCGUCCGAGGGUGAAUGGGAGGACCAGGACGCGGAGGAGGGUAACGAGGACGCUAUGGAAGUCGAUGGGGAGGGAGAGGGAUUUGAUGAGGAGGGGGAGGGAGACGAGUCUGAUGGCGAGGGAGAGGGCGAGGAUGAGGACGAGGAUAAUGAGGACGGUGGGGAGGAAGCACCGGCGGUGAAGAAGCAGCGGACUGCUGAGGAAGAGGAAAAAAUAAAACAAUCCCGCGCAGAGCAAAAAGCCACCCAGGCGGAACGCAAAGCCGCCAAACCCAACGCACCGCUGAUCCAGAACGCCAAAGCGAUAUGGGAGAAGCUCAGACAGAAGAAGAUCACUGCUAAGGAGAGGAAGGAGCAGAUGGCGGAGUUGAUGACGUUGAUUGAGGGGAAGGUUAAGGAUAUCAUCUUCAAACACGACGCCAGCCGAAUCAUCCAAUGCGCCCUCAAAUACGGCAACCAAUCCCAACGCGACGCCAUCGCGAAGGAGCUCGAGGGGCACUACACCGAGCUUUCGAAAUCCACUUACGGGCGCUUCAUCAUCUCAAAGAUCCUCAACUACUGCUCCCCGCAGUACCGCGCAUUGGUUGUGAAGGACUUUUAUGGCAAGAUUAGGAAAUUGGUCAGGCAUAAGGAGGCGGCGGUUAUCUUAGAGGAGGCGUAUGUUAUGAGCAAUGCGCAGCAGAGGAGUCGGUUGCUGGAGGAGUUCUAUGGGCCGGAGUUUGCGCUUUGGAAGAACGCAGGAGGCCACACAAUCGAAUCCCUCAUCGCCGACAACCCCGUCAAAAAAGACAGCGUCGUCCGUCACCUCCGCGAAGUCCUCAACUCCGUCCUCGAAAAGGGCUUCACAAACAUUGGCCACCUCACCAUCGUCCACCGCGCCCUCCUCGAAUACCUCACCUUUGCCGAAGAGAAACACAUCAAGGACAUGAUCGAGCUCCUCAAAGACCAUCUCGUGCAGAUAUUGCAUACCCGUGAGGGAGCCCGUGUCGCGCAACUGUGUCUCCUGCACGCGACCCCGAAGGAUAGGAAGUUGAUUGUGAAAUCGUUCAAGACGUUUGUUACCAAGAUUGCCAGAGAGCAGUACGGCCACGCGGUGCUCUUAUCCGUGUUCGAGUGCGUCGACGAUACGGUCCUGGUCGAAAAGGCCAUCAUCGGUGAACUGAUCGCCGAGGCGGAAUUCGCAGACCUGUUGCGCGAUCGAUACGCGAGCCGUGUGGUGUUGUUCUUGCUUAUGGGCAGGAACAGGCGGAUACAGCCUGCGUAUGUGAUCAAUGAGCUGGAGUCGAUGGAUGAGAUCCGGGCGAGGACGUCGAAGAAGGAUGAUACGUUGAGGAGGGAGCAGUUGGUCAAGGCGAUUAGCCCGGCGUUGGUGAAGACGUGCGAGGAGAGCUGUGCGGAGCUUGUGAGGGAUGGGAAUGGGGGGCCGGUGGUGGUGGAGACUGUGUUCCAUGCUGAAGGCGACAAAUCCACACUCAUCACCGCCAUCACAUCCCUCGCCGCCGGCACCGACUCGGACUCCAACACAACCACUCCAAAAUCCGAUGAGCCCUUCCACCCCGUCAAACAACUCAAAGCUGACGCCGACGCAGCCAAACAGCUCGCAGAAGGCCUCGAAAUGUCCCAACACGUCCUCAUCAACCGCCAAUCCACCUACGUCUUGAAGGACAUCAUCUCCCCGCGCGCGCCGCGUGUCAAAUCCACCACUGCAUCAUCAACACCAUCGGAACCCGCAGCAGCGUCGCCGGAAACAACGGCGAUAUCACAACAGUUUGCAGCUGCAUUGGUGAAGGUGAUCGAACCGAACGUCGGACACUGGCUCACCCUCUGCGCCCACUCCCCACGGAACACAUCCGGCACCGCCUUCAUCUUCGUCGCGCUCCUAGAACGCGGGGACGACGCGACAAAGAAGAUUGUGACCGGUGCGGUGAAGAAGCAGGUGAAGGGUGGGGUUGACGGGUUGAGGAAGGUUGUGAGUAAAGCGUUGGAGGCGAGUGUGGACGAGAAGGAGGCGGGGAAGAGGAAAAGGGGAAAGGAGGGGGUAAAGAAGGAGGGGGAGAGGACGACGGGGAUUGAGGUGUUUUUGAAGACGGUUGCGGAGGCGUAGGUUGUGGGUAGGUAGUCUUCCCCACAGCAACAGCAUAGCAUUGGAGUGGCACGUGCCCCCAAGUCGGCACUGGGCUUGUCGAUGCUACCGUUUGAAAACAGGGCAUAUUUAUAGCGUACCCCCAUGCAUAGCACUUCUUUAUACAUCAUUUUUUGCUGUAACUUAACAACGUUGUCGUAUGCUCAAACCACUAUUUCUUGUCGUCUUGGUCA